AUGAAGUCCCAGCCUGUCCCGCAGUGGCAGCAGCUUAUUGUGGCACCCGACAAGGCGACGGGUAUUGUACUCUACCUACUCCUCAGGAAGUCACCCCCCUUGGGAGAAAAGAAAUUGGAAUCAAAUGAACGCGAGGAUGAAGUCGUCUCGAACCACACCCAUGUCCAAGGGAAGGACGGCUUCCAACAUGUUGACAACUAUGCAAUAUUGGUGUCUUCACACCCACCACAAGGUACGAAGGCCAAGGCAGCCCAGAAGUGCCCACCAGGCCUGCGCCUACCGCGCACCCAGCCGGGAGAGCCAACAAGCCACAAAAUCCCGACGGCGCGCUCUGGGGGCGCAACAGGCCGGACCUCGCUUGCGCCUGCGAGAUCUCUCGCUCUCUCUCUCUCUCGCUCUCUCUCUCUCUCCAGACAGACAGCGCCCUUGGAGGGAAGGCUGCAACAGGCCCCAUGGGGGAUGGCGUCGGCGAGGCUGCCCCAAGUCUGCGGUCUCGUGGCCCCAUCAUCCGCCUGGGAUGUGCGCAAAUCGAGCAUCAGAUCGACCGCCGCCUACAUGGCACAUACAUACAGCUCUUACCUGGUACCCGUACCUAGAGAGCAUGGCCAUGGUAAUACACAUCCUCUUUCUUCUGCCCACCCACUGCCUACCCAGGUCGCUGGGAAGCAGCAGCAGCAGCAGCAGCAGCAGCAGCAGCAGAAGAAGAAGAAGAAAAGAAAAUGGCGACUGUGCGCGCAGAUGCCAACUGCAGGCGCCCUGAUCAUGGAUGCGCCAGCGUCGACACUCGUUCCAGUCUCAUGCCAUGUCAGCCCCGCGGUACAACAGCUGUCAUGGCGACCAAGGCCCGCCUUGUGUUGCCCCAACCAGCAUCGCCCCUUGGCUGUUCUCCUUCCCUACGGGCGUGGUGAAUAUACAGACGCGCGCAAAAUCAAUGAAGAUGGAAAAAUAGAACGGAACCCGAGAAUCGACCCAGUCGCCUGUCUGGCUUGGAGGGAAAAUCAGGUCGAGCAGAGAGACUCUGGGCGCUGCUUACUCUCUAUAGACUACUUUGUCUGCCUCUGCGGCAUGUCCAUAGGUCCCCACCUGCCUACAAGUUACAACACCGUACAUGUGCAUACUGUACUGGCUGUCUACUCCAGCUAUUGCAUGUAUGUAAAGGAGCACAGUAUCAUCCUGGCCACUUCCACUACCACUUCCACUACCAUUCCCACAUUGCUCUCCACCUUGUCGACUCAUGGCAUUGCCAGACACAGCAUCUACAAUAUUUACAGCAUCUAUCGUGCGCGCUUCCAAGGCUUGCUCCAUCCCGCCCUUGAUGAAAUCAUGUGCAGCUCGCACUCGCACUCCAUCUUGGCUAGCGCAGCCCGCCUUUCUUUCAGCGGCGCCAUGUCGUCAGCCAGAUCGCGAAGCGAUGCAAGCACGGUUGCCAGAGUGGUCGCCGAGCACCUCGUCUGGUUCGCAGGGAUCUCCAGCUGCGAGCUGCAUGUCGUUUUCGAGCAAAUCCUGGGUGGAUGCUGGGUUGGACGACAAUGA